CUUACGUAAGCAGCGAAGUGUUGGCGAAAAUUUCUUAAUAAAUCCUGUCUCUUGCAAGCACAAUUCGCGCAAGAAAAUAUGAAAUUUUUAAGGUUAUGGCAGGAAAAGGGCUAGGAUCGGGAAAGGUCUAUAAACUGCAAGUAAGCUUGAAGCUGUGAGAGGCGCCGAUCGCGAAAUAUGAGCCAGGAACAGCCUCGAAAUGGCGUCAACAUCGUCCAAGGUGAAAUGUCUUUGGUCGUGUCGGCUAUGCGAAGAAACGCUCGCUGGGCUUCCCAUAGCCAUCAGGAUGAAGAGCAAGACCCAUUACUUCACAGCUUCUCACAGCUCAAAGAUGUCCUUAGUAGUAUCUCAGAUCUCCAAGAGGUUGAUGUCAUCGCCAUUUUGGGGCCAUUUCUUGAUGUCAUAAGAUCCGAGGACACAACUGGACCGAUCACUGGCUAUGCACUCUCCGCUGUUAACAAGUUCCUAUGCUAUGGACUUAUUGAUCCAGCCUCCACAAGUACCCCAUCUGGCAUUGAGAGUCUUGCCGACGCUGUGACUCAUGCAAGGUUUGUUGGUACUGACCCAAGCAGCGAUGAAGUGGUCCUCAUGAAAAUACUUCAGGUUUUACGCACCCUGCUGUUGACACCUGUGGGCGCCCAUCUGACGAACGAAUCAGUCUGUGAGAUAAUGCAGUCUUGUUUUCGAAUCUGUUUUGAACUGCGAUUGAGUGAAUUGUUGCGUAGAACAGCUGAACAGACUUUAAUGGACAUGGUUCAGCUCCUGUCCUCAAGACUUCCUCAGUUGAAAGAAGAAGCUAAAUCUGGCAAUGUUCUUCCUAAUAUAAGACGGGUUUUUAAACGCUCUGGUGGCAUAUCGAAGCGGAGCAAAAAAUCACCAAGACCCAAACGUGCAAGCUUUGCCGCCGCGGCCCCGGUCGACCCUCCAAACCCACCUACCGCUGAAGCCAGUCCCCCACCUACCACCGAGACUACCUUGUCAGCUUCUCCUCCAGGUGACAGAGUUCCAGCAACUCAACCUGAAGAUGACAUUGCAAAAGUGGAGGGGGGAGAGUGUCACCCUCCACCACCUGAGGACCCAGAGGGGAAAUUGCCUCGUGAGGGAUUGGCUCUUGAUCUCACUGAUCCUGGUGGAACCUCACAGAGCGCCGAGAACGAUCCUUCAGGCGCAACGGAGACACCCAAGGAUCUCUCGAGUCAGACUUGCGAUUCCGUUGCGUCGCACUUGAUGACAGAUCCUCUUGAAGGGGAGCCUGGGACUGAGGAUGACGUCAUUGAUAAGGAGGAUCGAACUAGCAGCACUGUGACGGAUGAAGACAGUGUGUUGGAACAUGGUACAUCAAGCGAGACAAUCGACCAAGAAGAAUCUGCGGAAACCAACCAUGAUGAUGUGACUACUUCUGAAUCCUUGACUGCGCACGAGGAAUAUAUCAGUACCAAGGGAGUGAGGUUCACGCCAACUGAAGCACAUAAGGAAGGUCAGGGUCCUUUGGUUCCAUACGGUUUGCCUUGUGUACGAGAACUGCUGAGAUUUCUCAUCUCUCUGAUCAAUCCUCACGACAGACAUAAUUUGGAGCCUAUGAUUCAUAUUGGAUUGUCAUUACUUACUGUGGCGCUCGAGUCAGGAGCAGCUCAUAUCGGAGCGUUUCCAUCACUCAUGAAUCUUGUCAGCGAUGAAAUGUGCAAGAACCUCUUCUUGUUACUUCAAUGUGACGUUCACUCGUUAUUUGCAAUGGCUUUGCGGGUCUGUUUCUUGUUGUUCGAAGCGCUUCGAGGACAUUUGAAACUACAGCUUGAGUCGUAUUUCAAGCGACUCUUGGAAAUUUUGUCGUUGGAUCAUCAAGUUCUGCUCUUUGAAAAACGUGAAUUAAUCCUGGACAAUAUAAACCAGUUUUUCCACAUUCAAAAUUUGGUGUCGGAACUAUACGUGAACUACGAUUGUGAUCUAUAUUGUGUUAAUAUAUUUGAAGAAUUGUGCAAAGCUCUUUCAAAGAAUGCAUUUCCUGCGGGGAGUUUGACAACUGCAAAUGUUCCAGCUCUGGACGCAUUACUUCAAGUUGUACAUGUUAUUGAGGCACAUUGUCAUCCUACCAUACCUGUACCCAGUUCCCCCAAACCGGUUAAAGUGAAGCUGAGUAAUAAAACAGGUGAUGAUGACUCGGGUACGGAUGAAAAUGGUGACACUCCACCCUUCUCUCCAACCCCGCCACCCUCCUCCGGGUUUCUGAUGGCGAGGAAAAUGAAGGUUGGUUGCAGCAAUGAUUCUCACCCGCCGAUCAGUGAUGCAACAUUUGAUCAGGAUGACGGUCUCACCCAUUCCUCUGCGCUGGCGAUAAUGUUUGCUUCCUCCGUUCCAACACCCGAUGAUUUGGCACAGCUUAAACAGAAGAAGAAGUUGUUACAGGCAGGUUCUGAACAAUUUAAUACAAAAGCAAAGAAAGGGCUGGAGUUUCUUCAGGAACAUGGCUUCCUCAAUAAACCAAUACACCCAGAGGAACUCGCCAAUCAUCUUCGAGAGAACAUAAGGCUGGAUAAGAAAACGAUAGGAGAUUAUAUUGGGGACAGGAAGAAUAGUAAAGUUCUACAAGCGUUUGUAAACUCCUUCCACUUCAACGACAUGAGAAUCGACGAAGCUUUGCGAACAUUUCUGGAAACGUUUCGACUUCCAGGAGAGGCACCGGUCAUUCAACAUAUCUUGGAAGAAUUCAGCGAAGGAUAUUUUGCGUCUCAUUCGGAAGUAUUUGCAAAUGCCGAUGCAGCUUUCACACUGGCUUAUGCUAUCAUCAUGCUGAACGUCGACCAACACAACGCGAAUAUGAAGCAGCAGAAACCUAUGACUGCCGAGGAUUUCAAGCGAAAUCUUCGUCGUUGCAAUGGCCAGAGUGACUAUCCCGCUGAAUUGUUGGACGAAAUCUAUCAAGCUAUCAGAAAUGAAGAGAUAGUGAUGCCAUCGGAGCGCACAGGGCGCAUUAAGGAGAAUUACGACUGGAAGGUUUUAUUGCGACGUAGCACAAAGCCCGAGGGGAAAUACCUGCUCGUGUCUGGCAGCACGUUCGAUCAAGAUCUCUUUGUUAUGAUCUGGGGUCCAACCGUCGCCGCUCUCUCCUCCGUCUAUGAUAACUGCCUGGAGAAAACCGUCGUACAGAAAGCAAUCAGUGGCUUCAGAAAAUGUGCUCUCAUCUCUGCCCACUACGGGCUUAGCGAUGUUUUCGAUAAUCUGGUCAUAUCGCUGUGCAAAUUCACGACGCUUCUCAACGCCCCGGAGACUGGCGAGAACCUACCGCUGUCGUUUGGCGUGAACCUGAAGGCUCAGCUUGCAGCACGAACGAUGUUCGCGCUCGCGUAUCGCCAUGGUGAUAUAUUGCGUGAGGGAUGGCAGAAUAUCCUCGACUGCAUGCUGCAACUGUAUCGGGCGAAGAUGUUACCUACAUCUAUGGUCGAGGUUGAAGAUUUUGUUGAUCAAAGCGGGAAGAUUUGUCUAAUUCGCGAGGAGCUUCCCGUAGCGAGACCCGAUUCGUCAAUUUUCUCGUCGUUCUACCAAUAUUUCCAAAUGAAUUCUGAACCGUCAAACGGCCGAAAUCAGGGGGGCGAAGAUAAAGAAGCCGAAGAAAAGGCGUACACUUGUAUCAAGGAUUGUCGCCCGGAACUGUUGAUCAUCGAGAGCAAGUUCUUACGUUCUGAUUCGCUUCACGAGCUUGUUAAGGCUCUAAUAUUCGCCUCACAAGGCCCUGACAAACAAGACCACUUGACCAGUGUUUACGACGAAGACUCGGCGGUGUUCUUUCUCGAACAACUCAUCAGUUUAACUUUACAGAAUCGCGACCGGGUUUCUCUGCUUUGGGCAAACGUUCGAGAUCAUCUGUCAAGCAUUAUAAUCAACAGCACUAAAUGCAGCUUCCUACUCGAGCGCACCGUCGUUGGUCUUCUCCGUUUGGCCGUUCGUCUUCUCCGCAAGGAAGAAAUCUCGGGCCAGGUCCUUGGCGCUUUGCGCGUCCUGCUCAUGAUGCCGCUGACCAUACUCCAAGCAUGCGGGCGUCACAUCUCGUACGGCCUUCACGAGCUACUCCGGACGAACGCGGCGAGCAUCCGAACCGCAUGCGAUUGGACGACCAUUUUCACCCUCCUGGAAUGCGUGGGGGCCGGAGUGUGCCCCCCAACUGUCGCCCCUGGUCCGUCUUCUUCGUUCGUGACCCUCAACAAGGACGGUGUUGAAGAGGACUUGGCUGAGCCGGUGACGUCAUCGGAUAAUGACGAAACCAAAACGCUGUCUACGAGCAGCGAUAGUCUUACUAAUGGGACGAAUGGGGAUUCAUGGCUACUCAUAGGGAAAGAUGGGGUGGAAGUGUCCUCGAAGAAUCAAUAUAAUUUAACUAUAAAUGAGACGUUGGGCAAACACGAUAGCAGGUCUUUCGUGAAGUCGUGCCAGUCUCUCUCGUUCAUACUGCGUGACGCGAAACACGUUUCCGCGGAGAACUUUUUGCGUUGCGUGCACGCGGUGCGCGUUUUCGGCGAGGCUCUUGUCGACGGUGGCCAGGGUAAGAGACUUCCCGAGCACCCGACGAAAGUCGUCGAUCAACGCCGAGGAAGCUCGUCGAAGCCGGCGAAGCGAACUUCGAGUAAACUCAAAAAGCCGAGCCCUAGCCUGAGAACCCGAAAAGGCGGGAAAUCCUUAAAUUCGGGCGUCAGCGAAGAUGAGGUGGAAAUCUGUGAAACUAUAAACCAAACCUACGACGCCAUGUCUUUGCAAUUGAUUGAACUCAUUUAUACGUUACACACGAAUGCCUCGUCGUAUUUCCCCGAGACGAAAGAGGACGGUGAGGACGAGAACUUAUUGGAGGCUUGUUUGCUCUGGACCAAAUGCUGGUGUCCGCUGCUCCAAGGUAUCGCGCAGCUCUGCUGCGAUAUCAGGAAGGAAGUGCGCAUGUCUGCACUGACGUAUCUGCAAAGAGCGUUACUGGUACGAGAUCUGCACUCCCUCGGAGCGCUGGAGUGGGAGGCUUGUUUCAAUAAGGUGCUAUUUCCAAUGUUAUCGAAGCUCCUGUGUGUGAGCAACCAGAACGAUACGGUUGGUUUGGAAGAAACGAGAAUGCGGGCUGCAACGUUGCUAAGCAAGGUUUUCCUUCAACAUCUGAACGUGCUUUUAUCACUGUCAACGUUUACUGCUCUGUGGCUGACCAUCUUGGAUUUUAUGGACAAGUAUAUGCAUUCUGAUGAGAGCGAUCUUUUGUCCGAAGCUAUUCCUGAGUCGCUCAAGAACAUGCUUCUGGUGAUGUCAACCGCUGGUAUUUUCCACGACGACGAUGCCGAGCCAAACGCCUCGACCGCUGACCGACAUUAUACCGCGCUGUGGCAAGUGACGUGGGAACGAAUCGAUUGCUUCUUGCCCAAUCUAAAAACAGAUUUGUUCUUAAACAGGGCGCGGCCAUCCUCUCCCUCGCCCCCACCGGCUACUAGGGAAGACAAGGCGAGUGGGGAAGAGGAGGUUAAGAAUCCAGUAACUGUUGAGAGUCCAGAGGAAACUGUAGCAACUAUCACAGUUACUGCUGAUGAGACGCAGGAGACUGAAGCUGUGCCCACCCCUAAAUCUCCCCCCACGCCCCGAGCAAGCUCUCCUCUGCUUGCAAAUCACGAGGGUAUUGGAUCACCCUCCCAAGUUUGUGUCGUCCUGCAACCCCCACUGCCCUCCUUGGCUGGCAGUCGGAGUUCCUCCCCUACACAGAAGGGCUCUUUAUCCGAUGUGGCGCAAACCCCACCGGCAUCUAUGCCCAUCAUUCUCGCACCCAGUCCUCUCUCAAGGCUGCCGUUGUCACAGGAGACCGUAAUCGGCGUAUCCACGAAUGAGAGCAGCAUUCCUCUCACGGAACCUCUGACGAAUUCCACCGAAGAUGACAGCUCGGCAACUCUCGAGAAGACGUCGGAUAUUCGGGAUGUUUAGUGAAAAAUUCAACAAAUUCAAUGUUAUUUAAAUUCCAACAAGGUUUCACGGCUUGCGUUUAAGUCGUCGAACUAAAUUCUAAAAAUAUAUAAAAAAUUUAAGAAAUUUUGUCAAGUUUACCUAUCGCUUCGAGAUCACGCUAAUUUUACAAAAUUCUCAUAUAAAUUCAUAGAAAUUGUACUCUUAAACUAAUUUAACAUUAAUGUAUGCACUAUUUUCAGGAACUGAUACGAUACUUAUGGUGCGUUUUAACCCAAAUCCCGGUAGCAUUCUUUCAUCUUAUGUUAAACUGUUUCCCCAUUUGAGUGAUUUGACCUGGAAUAAGGAAGUUGACGAAACUCCAUUGAAAACUCUCGCCUACCAACAAGAGCUUUACAAUUUGGCUGCGUCGAUUUUAAACCAGCCCAGCAGUAAGGUUAGGUAGAAUUUGUGAAUUUGAAAAUACCUAUUUUACUUCUGAGAAAUAAACCGUUAUUUU